AUCACGGAAGUUAAUUAGCCACAAGCCAACGGCGUUCCUCCCCAUCCCACACCCAAACGCGCGCGCAGGGCUUUGGUUCUCUUAUCUUGAGAGUAUCAGUUCCUGCGAUUACUGAUCCGACUUGGUCAACUAUCAGAGAACUGUCUUUCCAAAGCGCGUCUAUCUUCGCGUUGUUUUUCUUUUUUUUUUUUUUUUUUUUAAAUUUUGGAGCCGUUUUCGUCCCUAGGAGCUUGCGAAUCUAAUAAAUUCCUGACCCUUCUGUUUUUCUCAUUGUCGUUGUUCUGAAAUUCUAAAGAAAAUGGGUGUGGGUAUCUCUGUACUGAUAGGAUUGAAAGCUACGAUGCUAUUUCUGAGUUUUGUGUACCUUAGAAGCCUUGGUUUCAUGCUUUUAACUGUUCCUUUCCUCUAUGCCUCUCUGGUAUCAUUUUUGCUGUCGAUUGCUUCACACCCAUCAAUCAAUCUUCCAAUGCUUUUGGGGAAGAACACAGAUGGGAGCUUCCCCAUUUGGGCAUUAAUCAUGUUCAGCCCAUAUUUGUACUUUGUUCGACUUUUCUCAACAUUGAGGAGAAUGAGAAGCCGGGAAGCUCCUUACAGUGAAAUUUCUGAGGGACUAUAUGUUGGUGGGUGGCCAUCUUCACGUGAGAAAUUGCCACCAGGCGAUCCAGCCAUUAUUGAUUGCACCUGUGAACUGCCUAGAAAGUCAGAAUUCUCAGGUUUGGCAUAUCUAUGUAUUCCAACUUGGGACACCAGGGCUCCUCAACCUGCUGAAAUAGAAGCCGCUGUUAAGUGGGCUAUUCGUAAGAGAGAACUCAAAAGGCCCAUUUUCAUCCACUGCGCAUAUGGUCAUGGAAGAAGUGUUGCCGUUAUGUGUGCACUGUUAGUGGCACUAGGUAUUGCAGAAGAUUGGAAAAAUGCUGAGAAGAUGAUCAAACAAAAACGGCCUUACAUCCGGAUGAAUGCUCUCCAUCGGAAGGUGCUAGAAGAAUGGUCGAAGCACCGGUUAUCAGCGCCUAAGAAGAGAGGAGAGAUGGGUGUGAGUUCCUUGAGUCGAUCACAAUUUGAUGGUUUUUCAAAUGCUAGUAGUUCAUGAAGACAACUGAAAACCAUACCUUCUCAUUGUUUCUUUUUGAGCUGUCGUUUCCGAGCUCUAGUUAACAGUACUUCAUAGUUGUAUUCUGGGGGCUUUCAUGUACUUUACAGUGACUUUAAAUUUUAAAUUAACUAAAUUUCUUUCUCAA